UUGGUCCAAAUGAUCACAGGGGGAAAUUUUACCCGUCGCUCAAGCCCUAUGUUUAUGUUGUCAGAAAUCGAAGGAUGCCUGCUGAACGCAAGCGAUCGUUAAACAUGGAUGAGAAAGAAGUUUGCUCUUUCACCAAUAAGGAGAAGGAAAAGGAGAGAGAAGGUGAAAGGCGGCCUCCUUCCCGGGAUAAAUCAAAAGAUGAGACCAAAAUGAGUGGUAAGAAGGACAGCGGUAAAGCUGUUGAAGAGAAGAGGAGGCGUGUGGAAGAAGAAAAGAAAAAGAAGGAGGAGAAGGAGCGGAAAAAGAAAGAGGAGGAGAAACUUAAGGCAGAAGAAGAGCAAAAGAAGAAAGAGGAAGAAGAAAAACAACAGCAGGAAGAAGAGGAGAGGAAGCUUCAGGAGGAAGAAGCCCGAAAGCAACGAGAAGAGGAGGCUGCACAACUCAAGGAGAAAGAGGAGAGCCACCAGCUGCAUCAGGAGGCCUGGAAAAGUCACCAGUCCAGGAAGGAGCUGCGCAGUAAGAACCAGAAUGUUCACGAGGGCCGACCCGAGGAGUCCUUUUUCAGCCGUCUGGACUCCAGCCUGAAAAAGAACACAGCCUUCGUCAAGAAGCUGCGCACCCUCACCGAGCAACAGCGGGACUCUCUUUCCAACGACUUUGGCUCGCUCAACCUCAGCAAGUACAUCGGUGAGGCUGUGAGUUCUGUGGUGGAGGCCAAGUUGAAGAUCUCCGAUGUGGGCUGUGCUGUGCACCUGUGCUCUCUCUUCCACCAGCGCUAUGCAGAGUUCGCCCCACUGCUUCUGCAGGCCUGGAAGAAGCACUUUGAGGCCCGUAAAGAGGAGAAGGCCCCCAACGUGAGCAAGCUGCGCACAGACCUCCGGUUCAUCGCUGAGCUCACCAUUGUGGGCCUCUUCACCGACAAAGAGGGCCUGUCUCUCAUCUACGAGCAGCUGAAGAAUAUUAUCGGGACAGACCGGGAGACACACACACACGUGUCAGUGGUCAUCAGCUUUUGUAAGCACUGCGGGGAUGACAUCGCUGGCCUGGUACCUCGCAAGAUGAAGCUGGCAGCAGAGAAAUUUGGUCUGGCUUUCCCUCCCAGUGAGAUCAUCAACACGGAGAAGCAGCAACCUUUCCAGAAUCUUCUGAGGGAGUACUUCACCUCGCUUACCAAGCACCUGAAGAAGGACCACAGGGAGCUCCAGAACAUUGAGCGGCAGAACAGACGUAUUCUCCACUCCAAAGGAGAGCUGAGUGAGGACAGACACAAGCAAUAUGAGGAGUUUGCUACCUCCUACCAGAAGCUUCUGGCAAAUACCCAGUCACUGGCGGACCUGCUGGAUGAGAACAUGCCAGAGCUCCCCCAGGAUAAAACUGUACAGGAGGAGCAUGGCCCUGGCAUUGACAUCUUCACCCCUGGGAAGCCUGGGGAGUACGACCUGGAGGGGGGCAUCUGGGAGGACGAAGACGCCCGCAACUUCUACGAGAACAUGGUGGACCUCAAGGCUUUCGUCCCCGCCAUCUUGUUCAAGGACAACGAAAAGAGCAACCAGGCUAAAGACAAAGAGGAGGCCAAAGAUGCUGGGAAGGAGGCGGCCAGCACAGAAGAGCUGGAGCUGGAGCUGGAAGCCCUGGACAUCGCCGACGACGCUCUGGAGCUGGAGGGAGCCGACGAGGCGGAGAACGAAGAGCUGGCCAAGAAGCUGCUGGACGAUCAAGGGUUCAGGUUAGGGUCAGGGAAAGGUCAGGGAAAGACGGCAAUCGGCCGCUCAGAACAAGAGGAUGAGGAAGCCAGCACUGGCUCCCACCUGAAGCUUAUAGUUGACGCCUUCAUCCAGCAACUCCCUAACUGUGUCAACAGAGACCUGAUAGACAAGGCUGCCAUGGACUUCUGCAUGAACAUGAACACCAAGUCCAACAGGAGGAAGCUGGUCCGAGCUCUCUUCACAGUCCCCAGACAGAGGUUGGAUCUCCUGCCCUUCUACUCCCGCCUGGUGGCCACCCUCCAUCCCUGCAUGUCAGACGUGGCUGAGGACCUGUGCUCCAUGCUUAAAGGGGACUUCCGGUUCCAUAUUCGGAAGAAAGACCAGAUCAAUAUUGAGACGAAAAAUAAAACCGUUAGGUUCAUUGGAGAGCUGGCCAAAUUCAAGAUGUUUACCAAAACAGACACGCUUCAUUGUCUGAAGAUGCUGCUGUCUGACUUCUCCCACCACCACAUCGAGAUGGCCUGCACCCUGCUGGAGACCUGCGGACGCUUCCUGUUCAGAUCCCCCGACUCCCACCUACGCACCAGCGUCCUCCUGGAACAAAUGAUGCGUAAGAAGCAGGCCCAGCACCUGGACGCACGCUACGUGACCAUGGUGGAGAACGCCUACUACUACUGUAACCCCCCGCCCAUGGAGAAGACCGUGCGCAAGAAGAGACCCCCGCUGCAGGAGUACAUCCGCAAGCUGCUCUACAAGGACCUGUCCAAGGUCACCACGGAGAAGGUGUUGAGGCAGAUGAGGAAGCUGCCCUGGCAGGACCCCGAGAGCAAAAGCUACCUGAUCUGCUGCAUGGUCAACAUCUGGAACGUCAAGUACAACAGCAUCCACUGUGUGGCUAACCUGUUGGCCGGCCUGGUGGCCUACCAGGAGGAUGUGGGCAUCCAUGUGGUGGAUGGUGUUCUGGAGGACAUCCGCCUGGGCAUGGAGGUGAACCAGCCCAAGUUCAACCAGCGCAGGAUCAGCAGUGCCAAGUUCCUGGGGGAGCUCUACAACUACCGCAUGGUGGAGUCUGCCGUCAUCUUCCGCACCCUGUUCUCCUUCAUCUCGUUCGGGGUGAACCCCGACGGCGUCCCCAGCCCCCUGGAUCCCCCCGAGCACCUGUUCCGCAUCCGCAUGGUGUGCACCCUGCUGGACACCUGCGGGCAGUACUUUGACCGAGGCUCCAGCAAGAGGAAGCUGGACUGCUUCCUGAUCUACUUUCAGCGGUACAUCUGGUGGAAGAAGAGUGUGGAGUUGUGGAGUGUGGACCAUCCCUUCCCCAUAGACAUUGACUACAUGAUCAGUGACACCCUGGAGAUGCUCCGGCCCAAGAUGAGGCUCAGCUGCUCCCUGGAAGAGGCCAUCAAACAGGUGGCUGAGCUGGAGAGGGAGGUCCUGGUCAAACUAGAAUUGGAAAUCAAAGCGAUGGAGAGGCAGAUGAGGACAGGGAGAGAGCGCAGGGAGAAAGCAGAGGAAGAGAAGAGGGGAACUGCCUGCGCUAGGGAAGAGAAAGAGGCGGAAGAAGAGAACCAGGAGAUAAAGACAGGCAUUCCUGUGGCAGGUCUGGCCAUGGAGAAGGACGGCCGGUGCUCCAGUGCCUUGGGAGAAGGAGAGGCUCUGGAUGAAGAAGACGAUGAUGAUGAUGAGGAGGGAGGGGCGGAGACCGAGGAACAGUCCGGAAACGAGAGCGAGAUGAACGAGCCAGAGGAGGAGGAGGGCUCGGAGAACGAGGAGGAAGAGCGGGAGGAAGAGGAGGAGGAGAACACGGACUACCUGACCGACUCCAACAAGGAGAACGAGACUGACGACGAGAGCAAUGAGGUGACCAUCCGCGGGGGAGGGCUGAAGCACGUGGCCUGUGCUGAGGACGAGGACUUCAUCCAGGCUUUGGAUAAGAUGAUGCUGGAGAACCUUCAGCAGCGCAGCGGCGAGGCGGUCAAGGUGCACCAGCUGGACGUAGCCAUUCCCCUGCAGCUGAAGAGCCAGCUGAAGAAGGGACCCGGACCAGCAUGCACUGGGGAGGGCGACGCCGACGGCUCCGACACCAUGCAGUUUGUCAUGCUCACGCGCAAGGGCAACAAGCAGCAGUAUAAGAUCUUGAACGUGCCCCUGUCCUCUCACCUGGCGGCCAAUCACUUCAACCAGCAGCAGGCUGAGCAGGAGGAGCGCAUGCGCAUGAAGAAGCUCACCCUGGACAUCAACGAGAGGCAGGAACAGGAGGACUACCAGGAGAUGAUGCAGUCCCUGGCCCAGCGUCCGGCUCCAGCCAACACCAACCGAGAGCGUCGGCCACGCUACCAGCACCCUAAAGGUGCUCCCAACGCCGACCUCAUCUUCAAGACUGGAGGAAGGAGGUGAUGGACAGAUGGAGGCGUAGAGGAGGCUGCUGUGGAAGGCAGCUGCUACAGUAACCUGCCGCUCUUCGCUCUCUCCUCCAGGAGACGCUGAAUGGAGUCUGGCCAAGGGAGCAAACAAGCGAGUGAGAGAGCAAGCGCAAACGAGAGAGAGAUAGAGAGAGACGUGUGGAGGACCGGUCUUGCCUGACCAGGGAGCAAGGCCGCCAGCCGCCCCCACUGACGCAAGCGCCUGACACCCAACCCUGCUGCAGGAGGAAGAGGAGGGAGGAUGGGUGGGCAGGGUUCACCCCUUUUGCCCAGUCUAGGGGGCCCAGGCCACCCUUUCCUUUCUGUCUGCCACCGGGGACGUCACCAGCACACAAACAACCACCUGUCUGAAGGAGAGCUCAAACAGUGGGGCGGGAAAAAGACCUUGAAACGAAUGACCAGCUGACUGGACGGAUGGACAGACAUGAUCCCAGAUAGACAGCCAGUCAGGCAUCCAGACAUGGCCACAGGCUUCCCUCAAAGACAUGGAUAGGGCUCUCACACACGCGCCAGAGAAGCGGAGAGAAGAUUCUGAAUGUGUGUGUGUGAGAGAGAGGGAGAAAAUGAAAUGCUGGGUGGGUGGGUGGGUGGGGGGGGAUUUUGAGAUUGACUGUGCCUCUCUUACUGGAAACAUCUGUUAUUCAGUGUUUUUUUUCCCCUCUGUCUACCUACAUCACACACUGUAUGUCACAGGACUGAGAGAAAUAAGGGGGAGGGGAGAGGAGAGGGGAUGGAUUCACCAAGCUACUGAUGAGACGCUGUAACAAUCAGUCUAGGGAGGAGCCCGGAGGUGUACAGAGGGAGGACAGUGUGUGUGUUCCUGAGGACUACUGUGUUUCCUCCUGUUUAAUGCUAUCCCUGUUGGAAUAACUUGUUGCAUUAUGUUGCCGUGGUGAUGACCCAGACAGGGGGUCGUAGCAAGAGACCAGCGAUGACUGACCAGCGUUUCAUCAUCAGAAAUAAGAAUAUAUAAAUGAGUAUAUAUAGUCUUUAUUUUUCCAGCAUUUAGCAUUCUAGGUGUUCCAUUUUAGUUUCCCAUGGAGUUAUUUUUGAUGAUAUUAGACUUUGUGUUGAUUUGGGUUUCUGUGCUGUAUUGUGGUAAAGCUUUUGGACUAAUAGAUAAGAUACUAUAAGCUUCCUCUGGUGUGUGAAACUCACUAUAUCUUGUUUGAUUCUUACUGUCUGUAGGUAAUCUAUAUUCUACUGCAUGGGCCAUUCUGCACCAGCUUUGUACGCCAUUCUGCCUGUGUUAUUAAUAAAAUGUUUGUUAAUGAGUA